UAUUACGACCUUGCUACGAGGCGCGGAAUUCUGAUUCAGUCUUUCGAGUUUUUGUGCCAGAAGUAUUGUAUCCUCAUUUUUACCGUACGUUAACUGUGCCAAGAGAGGUGACAUUGUGUUGAGUUUGUCAGUUAGAACACACUUCCAUCAUCCAUUAUCCCUGAUGCACGCCCGAAUGGGAUGUACUACACAGUGGAAAAACAGACAGUUUCCAUUUGAAGGUGACGCUACUUUCAGCUCUGUUCCGAUCACAUUAAGUGUGAAUCACCGUCUGUCAAUAUUAUGUCACAUUUGAAUUACAUGUGUCGUAAUGGUUCGGAGUUUUUAUACAUGAAUUAUGAAAGAGACGUCGUCAAGCUCAGUCACGGUUGUUGGGAAUAUUCGAAUAACUUGAAUUUUGGCGUACAAUUGGUUAAACACGCCUAAGAUCAUUAGUAACAAAAAAAAUAACAAAACAAAAAAGACGCCAAACGUGUGUCACAUCUUUGAUAGCGCUCAAGACAAAAACACAAUAGGGCUAUGGCAUUGUGUUACAGAUUACUGGGAGGCAGGCAAUUGUGUCGGAGCCUGGUACGCAAUGUAUACUCGCAGCCGUGUCGGUGCAUUACACUAAAAGUAACAAAGAUUGAAUCUCCUGUCAAUGAAACCCACGAUGAGAGAAAUGCUAGGCUGGGUCGGCCACAGUCACCUCACCUUACCAUUUACAAAAUGCAACUAACAUCAAUGCUUUCAAUCACUCACCGAAUGACAGGACUAGCUUUGAGUUUCUACAUGACAACUUUGGGUCUAGGUACUCUUGUAUCACCUUACCGGUUCACUGAUUUCAUCACUUGGAUGCAAGAACUGCAUUUGAAUCCAGCAGUAAUCACAGCCAUGAAAGCAAUGAUGGCGUUUCCUCUGGCAUAUCAUAUAUCUAAUGGUGUCCGUCACUUGGUUUGGGAUUUAGGAAAGGCACUGACAAUAAAGGAAGUGUAUUACACAGGGUAUGCUAUGUUAACUGCAGCAACAAUUGUGACAGCAUGGCUACUGUCACUGUAAUAUAAAAAGUCUUUCCUCAUAACAAUCACACUGGAAGUAGUGCUUGGUGUAGUGUGCUUAAAGAGUAUGCAACAGUAUUUAUUUAUGAGGAGAAUCUGUGUACAUAACACUUUUGUGUACAUAACUGCUUUGCAGGUUCUAACUUCAAUAUUAUUUUAAAAUAUUUGUGAAUUCAAGAAACCAUAGUAUAUGAUUAUGUAAUGGGAGGUAUUGCUUAGGAUAAUAAAUAAUCCACUAAUAAAAUUUACAUGUAUUUCUCUGUUACCAUUGCUAGGCCGAAAAUUUGUUAUUUCCAAACAGCCAGUACAAGUAAAAUUGAACUUUAUGCGGACAGCCAAGGGUGAAGCACAGUCACUGAAUUUCAAACUAAAAGCAGUCAGAAUUUAAUUUCAUUACAACUAUGAGGCAAUCCAAGACUGACAGUAACAUGCCAAGAACAAACACAGCACUGGAAGCAAGGUAGAUGGGCAGCUGCGUGUGAUAACGAGCCAGAGAGAUAUAAGAUAUCAACACACAAAAGGGGGCCUUGUGUAUUCUGAUGAUGGAGCCGUUGACAUGGACCACAAUUAAAAAUAACAGGAAGACAGCACAUCUGGUUAAAGAGAGAGUGUGGGACAAAAGGGAGAAACAGAGAUAGCCUUCUUGUGGGGCCAGCACUGCAUCGUCUAAAGUCAAUGAAAGGCUUUGGUCACAAUGUGUGACCAUAUUGAGAGGAGCAGUCUACUCCUGCAUUCAGCCUGUCAGCCUGUGAAGAACUGCUGGACAAUAAUGCAAAAAU